AGACAAACAACACCAGACCUUUAGCCCAAAUUCACACACCCCCUGCCCUGCCCUCCAUACCCCCCUUCUACCCGGACUUUAUCUCUACACAUCCCCCUCUCUUCCAUCCUGCAAGAUCCCUCUGGCUCCUGUCUGUGCUGCUGCGGUCAUGCCGUCCUUCUAUGUUCGCACCGUGGGGCCCUGCUCUCGAGUGGUUCGAGGAUGGGUGGAGGCACAACGGGUAAAAUGCCGGGGGGCACACUCAGUGCAGGCACUGAGUGCCCAGAUGGAACGUCUGCCAGCAGCUGUCAGAGAAUUUGUUGUUCAAGGAGCCAAUCUGUGUGAUCCCCAAAACAUCCACAUAUGUGAUGGGUCACAAGCAGAGAAUGAGACCAUCUUGACAGUACUACAGCAGGAGGGAAUGAUCAAAAAGCUACACAAGUACCCCAACUGCUGGCUAGCUCGGACUGACCCAAAAGACGUGGCUCGUGUUGAGAGUAAAACUGUUAUAGUCACUGAGAAUCAAAGGGACACAAUACCGAUCCCUGUGCCUGGAGUGAAAGGGCAGCUUGGAAAUUGGAUGUCCCCCUUGGACUUUGAAAAUGCAAAGAGACAACGCUUUCCUGGCUGUAUGAAUGGUCGUACCAUGUAUGUGCUUCCAUUUAGUAUGGGUCCAGUCGGUUCCCCCCUAUCUAAAUAUGGGGUUCAGCUCACAGAUUCCCCCUAUGUGGUUGCCAGCAUGCGUAUAAUGACACGAAUGGGGGGAAAUGUCCUAGAUGCAAUUGGAGAUGGAGAAUUUGUCAGAUGUCUGCACUCUGUAGGGCAGCCGCUGCCACUGAAAGCUCCCUUGUCAAACUCAUGGCCUUGUAACCCGGAGCAGACACUGAUUGCCCACGUUCCUGACACUCGAGAAAUUGUUUCAUUUGGUAGUGGAUAUGGUGGAAAUUCCCUUCUUGGAAAAAAAUGCUUUGCUCUGCGUAUCGCCUCCAGAAUCGCCAAAGACGAGGGUUGGCUGGCUGAGCACAUGCUGAUCUUAGGCAUUACAAAUCCUGCUGGGCGUAAGAGAUAUAUUGCAGCUGCCUUCCCAAGUGCUUGUGGGAAAACAAACCUUGCAAUGAUGCAGCCGGCCUUGCCUGGUUGGAAGGUGCAGUGUGUGGGGGAUGACAUAGCCUGGAUGAAAUUCGACAGUCAAGGACGUCUACGUGCUAUUAACCCAGAAAAUGGGUUCUUUGGGGUGGCUCCUGGAACAUCGGUGAAGACAAACCCCAAUGCGCUUCGCACAGUGGAACGCAACACUGUCUUUACCAAUGUGGGCGAGACCAGUGAUGGAGGCGUGUACUGGGAGGGACUAGAUCAACCUGUGCCUCCAGGGGUCACCGUCACCUCCUGGCUGGGAAAUGCUUGGAAGCCAGGUGAUAAAGAGCCAUGUGCACAUCCAAACUCUCGCUUCUGUGCCCCAGCUUCUCAGUGCCCUAUUAUGGAUGAGGACUGGGAAUCUCCUGAGGGUGUCCCAAUAGAUGCCAUUAUCUUUGGAGGCAGGCGACCUCAGGGUGUACCCCUGGUGUAUGAGAGCUAUAACUGGACGCAUGGUGUUUUUGUCGGAGCUGCUAUGCGAUCAGAAUCCACAGCUGCUGCAGAGCAUAAGGGUAAAGUUAUUAUGCAUGACCCGUUCGCAAUGCGACCUUUCUUCGGUUACAAUUUUGGUCACUAUCUUUCUCACUGGUUGAGCCUUCAGCGCAGGGAAGGAUUGAAGCUCCCUAAAAUCUUCCAUGUCAACUGGUUCAGGAAGGAUGACAAAGGAAACUUCUUGUGGCCUGGAUUUGGUGAAAAUGCCCGUGUACUGGACUGGAUCUUCCGCAGGGUGGAAGGCGAGCAGAGUGCUCGGCAAUCCGCCAUUGGAUUUCUACCUGCAGAAGGGGCUCUUAAUCUGGAAGGCCUUGGUGGAGUAGACACUAACCAGUUGUUUUCCCUUCCAAAGGGAUUCUGGGAGCAAGAGGUGCAGGAAGUGGGCAAAUACCUAUCUGAGCAAGUGCCUGAAGACCUGCCCCCUCAAAUUAUGGAGGAGCUACGAGGGCUGGAGAAAAGAGUGAGCAGCAUGUGAAGGAGUAUAGCACAAAAGGGUGGGCAAUGUGUGGCCUGAUCCUUCACACAGAGAAGUAAUAAGUGCCUUAAAAGAACUGAAAGAUCACCCUCUGUUUUAUGUUACAUGGCAUAAAGGGGGAAUGUUCAAGCCUGAAUACAGCUGAAGAACUAAGCAAGUAGAGCAAAAUGGACACUGGAUGCUCAUCAUUCUCAGCAAGAAUUAGAGAGGGCACAUGUGGGGAAGUGCAAUGCCUUAAUGCAACCAAAGAAUCACCUCGUCUCCAAUUUGCCUUUUUUUUUUCCAUUGGGGAGGUGGCAUCAGGGAAAAACAGGAAUCUCAGGAAUUGCAAAUGAUUUGAUUUUUCUUUCUGCCUUUUUUAUGAAAAUAAACUUUUUUUAAUGCUAGAA